AUUGGACUUGAAAGUCGAGAGAGGAGGGGGCGAGCUUUUGCCUUGUUUUGUUUCCGCCCAUGGCUGCCAGCGCGAAUCCGACAGGGAACAAUCAGGACGGUUCGUCUUCUUCUGGCCAGAAGAUACCUUCGGCGGGGACGAAUGGUGUUCCGGACAACAACAACGUGGGGAAUAGCGUUGUGGAUAAUUCGCAGACGCAGGCGGCGUUGAGGCACAAUUCUGGAAUCGCAUCAGAGUGGACUUCCGAUGAACAGUCAGCUCUCGAGGAUUUGCUCGCCAAGUAUGCUUCCGAAUCAAACAUUGUUCGAUAUGCUAAGAUUGCAGUGCAGUUGAAGGACAAAACAGUUCGAGAUGUGGCACUGCGUUGCAGAUGGAUGACUAAAAAGGAAAAUAGCAAAAGAAGGAAAGAGGACCAUAACUCGGCAAGGAAAAGUAAAGAUAGAAAGGAAAGGGCUACAGAUUCUUCUGCAAAGUCGUCAUCUCAUUUGACAGCUCGUCCCAAUGGUCCUUCUUAUGCUCCACCAAUGAUUCCUUUGGACAACGAUGAUGGGAUCCCAUAUGAAGCCAUUGGUGGUGUGACUGGAGAGCUUCUUGAGCAAAACUCUCAAUUCUUGAAUCAAAUUUCUGCAAAUUUUUCCUCUUUUCAGAUACAUGAUAACAUCAAUCUCUUAAGCAGAACUCGGGAAAACAUUCUUGCAAUCAUGAACGACUUGAAUGACAUGCCAGAGGUAAUGAAGCAGAUGCCACCACUUCCAGUGAAGUUAAAUGAGGAGCUUGCAAAUUCCAUCCUUCCCCGUUGAUCCCAUCAACAAAAUUAUGAAUCAGCCAAUCGGGGUUUAUGAUGAUGCUCUUGACCAUACCCCUGAAGCUGGGAUCUCUGAAUUCAAAUCCAGAUUCAAGUUCUUUCAUCUAAUUCUAAAGAAUUAUUUUUUCUCAUGUUUAGUGUCUACUUGGUUGUAGGAGAGAAAGGAAUUUUUUUUAUGUCUCUUUUGGUUUAUUCAUAUAGGAACUAGUUUGUGUAUCCUGUAAAUAUUUACUUAUUUAGUUGCUUGUAAAGGAGAGUUCAAUGAAAGUCCCAUAUUUUCUUCUCGCUUCA